CUCCGACGGGGCGGUCGACGACCUGCGCAGCGCGUACACCGCGCGGCCAGACGUGGAGGAGGCCGCCUUCGACGCGCUCUACGGGCAGCUGCUCGAGGCGCGCGGCGACCUCGAGGCGCUGCUCGGCCGUCCCCUCUCCCGCGGCGUCGAGGCCACCUUCGUCGUCUACGAGCCGGGAUGCUUCUACAGGAGGCACGUCGACUCGCUCGCGGGCGUCGACCCGGCGGGGAGCGGCGGGCGCGCUUACUCAUUCGUCGUCUAUCUGACGGGCGAGCAGCCGUGGCAGCCGAGCGACGGCGGCGCGCUGCGCGUGUUCUGUGACGCCCUGGGCGAGGAGGUGGAGGAGGAGGUGCUGCCCGCGGCGGGGCUGCUGGUGCUCUUUGAUAGCAAGCGGGUCUCGCACGAGGUGAUGCCGACGAGGCGGCAGCGCACCUGCCUCGUCGGUUGGUUUCGCGAGGAAGUGUAA